AUGUUCUGGAGUCAGAAGCUUACCGAGGUGACCCAGCCAGAUUGGCUGCUGACACAGGCUGCGCCCAUGCGGUCAGCAUCCGCUCCGAGAAAUGCAGCCGCAGCCUUGCAUACAAGUUUGAUCACUUGGAAUCAAUCCCAUCAGGGCCCACUACUGAGGAGUGCACUAGUUGCGAACGCGAUCAACGAAUUGCCUACCAGCGUGCCCAGUCAUGCCCAUGAUGAUCUUGAGAGGAGACUACUAGGGAAGCUCGACUUGCAUAUGUUGGUUAUCGUGGUAAUCUAUAUUCUGAAUUAUGCAUGCGGGGGGAAUCUUGGUCAAGGCAAGAACUUGAAACAACAUCCCGUUACUGACCAAAGCUGGACGAUCUGUAGAUGGUUAUUUUACAUCGAGGGCAGUAUUGCUAUCUUCAUCGCGAUUUGCGAAAGAGCACUUGGCAUCUCUCACCCCGCGGAAGAUGGUUAUGGUAGGGUUGAGCUUGAGAAAAAGACGAUCAUGCAAGUACUAGUGCUGUGGGAUGCCGUGUCCGACGGGAAGGUGUCUAUCUACACAAUGAGCACUGCUAGAGACAUCCAGUUUCCUGAUGGCUCAAGUCUAAUACGCUGGUUGCAUGAUGCUCUGGGGGUGAAUCAACAACACAUUCGCCGGAGAAAAAUGGGAUCGGAUCGGGACAUGAUUCGGACCGAGCGCAGGAAGGUACUUUGGCUGCCAAAUGUCGGUAAGAACAAGGUGCGGGCAUUGCCUCAAGGUCAAGAUCUCCAGCACCGCUUGGAUGAGUUGGGAAGGCGGGCUUUGGUGGAGGACAGCGGUGGCCAUACGAGGGCAUGGGCACUAAAUGCGCGCCUUCAAUCAAUGGAGAAGGAUGGGAGCAACGAAAGUGACAGAAAAGUGGAGUUUGGUGCAGUGGAGGGCAAUCGAAGUUACGUGGCGUCUCGUCGUCGCUGUUGUUCGCGUUGGCGAGCGCCAGAAAGUUGUUUCGUUCGUGGUCAAGAGAUUUUGAUCGCCGCUGGCACUGUUCCUCUUACUCGGGUAAAAAGCUUUGGGGAGCCAAAUGGCGUGAUCUACACACCAGGAGAAGAUAACAGACUAAUGGAACUAGACCAAAAAACGGACAGACAGUGGUGGCAAGGGAUACGACAAAAGAUAGCGAAAAGGAGUGGUGACAGGCUUUGCGCAGAAAAACAAAUAAACACAUCAUACUUAUCACACUUGGUCGUCACUGGCAUGGUCACGCAGUUGCCAUUGUUGUCGUACGUACAAGUCGCACAAUUCCUCGAGCACCUGGCCAUCAGAAUUCAGAAACGUUUCGACUGA